CUGCCUGUGCCAUCUGUUGCCGGGAACCUCCUUCUCGCCUUCCCCACCCCCCCACGUGCUGACCACCUGCUCUAAGGGCUGUGGCAGCUGAGGCCUCCCCCACACACAGUGCCUCUUGGCUGGAGGCUCCCUCCCCUCGCUCCCGGCAACCUCGCCUUUACUAAUGGGCUCUAAUGUCCCUGCCAGCUGCUUUGCCAAACCCACAGGAUUGGCGUAGGGGGCGGCGGCGGCGCCGCAGCAGCCAGAACCGCGCCCUGGUCCCAGCCCGGCGCCCCCAUUCCCAAAGCCGAACCGAUCGCGCACCAGGACGCCUUGGGCGGACCCCGGAGGCCUGAGCGGCACCUGCCCCCAGCCCCGUGUGGGGCCCCGGGGCCCCCAGAAACCUGCAGGACGGAUCCAGACGGGGCGGGCACCAUGAACAAGUUACGGCAGAGCCUGCGGCGGAGGAAGCCAGCCUACGUGCCUGAGGCGUCGCGCCCGCACCAGUGGCAGGCGGACGAGGACGCAGUGCGGAAGGGCACGUGCAGCUUCCCGGUCAGGUACCUGGGCCACGUGGAGGUGGAGGAGUCCCGGGGAAUGCACGUGUGUGAAGACGCGGUGAAGAAGCUGAAGGCGGUGAGUGAGGGGGCUGGCACAAGGGAGGGGCAAGGUCAGACAGGGAGAGGCACCCUGACCCGGCUCCUUUGUCCCCUUGCCUCUCCCCAGAUGGGCCGAAAGUCCGUGAAGUCUGUCCUGUGGGUGUCAGCCGAUGGGCUCCGAGUGGUGGAUGACAAAACCAAGGAUCUUCUGGUCGACCAGACCAUCGAAAAGGUCUCCUUUUGUGCUCCUGACCGCAACCUGGACAAGGCUUUCUCCUAUAUCUGCCGUGAUGGGACCACCCGCCGCUGGAUCUGCCACUGUUUUCUGGCACUCAAGGACUCCGGCGAGAGGCUGAGCCACGCCGUGGGCUGUGCUUUUGCCGCCUGCCUGGAGCGAAAACAGCGACGGGAGAAGGAAUGCGGGGUCACGGCCGCCUUCGAUGCCAGCCGCACCAGCUUUGCCCGCGAGGGCUCCUUCCGCCUGUCUGGGGGUGGGCGGCCUGCUGAGCGAGAGGCCCCGGACAAGAAGAAAGCAGAGGCAGCAGCUGCCCCCACUGUGGCUCCUGGCCCUGCCCAGCCUGGGCACGUGUCCCCAACACCAGCCACCACAUCCCCUGGUGAGAAGGGUGAGGCAGGCACCCCCGUGGCUGCAGGCACCACUGCGGCCGCCAUCCCCCGGCGCCAUGCCCCCCUGGAGCAGUUGGUUCGCCAGGGCUCCUUCCGUGGGUUCCCAGCACUCAGCCAGAAGAACUCACCUUUCAAACGGCAGCUGAGCCUACGACUGAAUGAGCUGCCAUCCACGCUGCAGCGCCGCACUGACUUCCAGGUGAAGGGCACAGUGCCUGAGAUGGAGCCUCCUGGCGCCAGCGACAGUGACAGCAUCAACGCUCUGUGCACACAGAUCAGUUCAUCUUUUGCCAGUGCUGGAGCACCAGCACCAGGGCCACCACCUGCCACAACAGGGACUUCUGCCUGGGGUGAGCCCUCCGUGCCCCCUGCAGCUGCCUUCCAGCCCGGGCACAAGCGGACACCUUCAGAGGCUGAGCGAUGGCUGGAGGAGGUGUCACAGGUGGCCAAGGCCCAGCAGCAGCAGCAACAGCAGCAGCAGCAGCAGCAGCAGCAGCAGCAGCAGCAGCAGCAAACAGUGUCUGUGGCCCCGGUGCCCACCAUGCCUCCUGCCUUGCAGCCUUUCCCUGCCCCUGUGGGGCCCUUUGACGCGGCAUCUGCCCAAGUGGCCGUGUUCCUGCCACCCCCGCACAUGCAGCCCCCUUUUGUGCCCACCUACCCAGGCUUGGGCUACCCACCGAUGCCCCGGGUGCCUGUGGUGGGCAUCACACCCUCACAGAUGGUGGCCAACGCCUUCUGCUCAGCCGCCCAGCUCCAGCCUCAGCCCGCCACCCUGCUUGGGAAAGCUGGGGCCUUCCCACCCCCUGCCAUACCCAGUGCCCCUGGGAGCCAGGCCCGCCCUCGCCCCAAUGGGGCCCCCUGGCCCCCGGAGCCAGCGCCUGCCCCAGCUCCAGAGUUGGACCCCUUUGAGGCCCAGUGGGCGGCAUUAGAAGGCAAACCCACUGUGGAGAAACCCUCCAACCCCUUUUCUGGUGACCUGCAGAAGACAUUCGAGAUUGAACUGUAGCCCGAGCCGCCCCGCCCACUCCAUCAUCUCCAGGCGCCCCACGCCUGGGGGUGGAGGCACAACCUCUCCCCUAACCCUGCUCUCUGGGGCUGCGCCCCUCAGCACCCUCUCAACACCCCCCUCUCUCAACCACCCCAACAACCACUACAGAACCAACAUUGUGACACCCAGGUUGGAACAGGAUGGAAUUCAGGGAUGGACCCAGCCUGGCUAAGGGAACCAUUUCACUGCCGGACUUAGGCUGGCGAUGCCCCCUUCCCCCACCCCAGACACAGGGGUUGGCCACAAUCCCACUGAAUGCCCUUGGUUCACGCUCCAUUUCCCAGUUUCUGUUGACCUCCCACCUUCCAGUGUUGGACAGGAUGGGGGGGGACACUUGCUUAGGGGCUCUCCUGGGCCCCACACCAGUGCCCACCCCAAAUCUGGUCGUCUCCUCCCCCCAUACACAGCACAAGCUAAGGGCUGCCCUCUGCCCACACGCUGCGUUCACUGCCAAUGCUGUAGUCACCCCCAUCGCCCUCCAGCUCUGGGGCCCAUGUGUUCCUUGGGCCAAGGUCUCAUGGGGGCUGGGGCCAAGUUGGGGGCCCAGGAGGCGGGGAGGGGGGAGGAGGAGAAGAUGCGCAGUUACCUCAUGUCUGUGCCCGCUGGGGAGGGGUCCGGGAAGAAGGGGAAGGGGUGCCUGGCGGGUACUUUUCUAUCUUUUAUUUCCAGAUUUUUUUUGUAUCUAAACUUGAAGAUUUGUAUUAUACAAGGACAGCCAAUAAAGGAAGAAUAUAAUGGUGCCCCUCGG